UGCGGCUGCGAGUCAAUCCAAGGAUGUUGGAAGACACAAAGAGGGAAGUGCCGAAAUACCGGCGGACGUAUAGCCGACCGCGGCGUUGUUUGCCGGAUAAAUAGCACCUGCUAAUGAAGAAGACGCCAGCCAUUUAUUGCCGCAGAACAUUGUCAGGAUGCCAUCGCAAGAGGGAGAAGAGCCGCCUCCGAAUGGGAGCCAGUCUGAUAGCCGUCUAAAGAGCAAGAAGCCACCCAGUCUGGUCAUAGCAAUACCUACACCGAAAGAGAUGAUGUCCCAUGACCCCACUAAACAGCCCCUUCGGCCGUCUUUGAAGAAAAAGAUGAGUGGCCAAGCAACCAGUUCUGUGUCAGAGAGUAUCAGCGGAACAGGAGAUGGAGGCCUGUCAGCCUCAGAGAGAAGGGAAAAGUUUGGAAGACAGACCUCACUCUCACAAAGUAUUCGCAAAAAUACAGCCCAGUGGUUCGGGGUUGGAGAAGACUGUGAGACCAAGCAGCAGGUUUGGCAGAGGAAGAGUCUGCGCCACUGCAGCCAACGCUAUGGCAAGCUGAAGGCCCAGUACAGAGAGCCUGACACAGCUUUGAGCAUUGAGCAGAGCCUGGAAUCACCAGCCCCACACAAGAUGCCUAAGAUUGUAGACCCCCUGGCACGGGGACGAGCGUUUCGUUACCCAGAGGACAUAGACACUCGCUCCCCUAAGGCUCCCUUCACUCCUGGGAUCACCUCGCUCAGCUCCUUUACCAGCCAGCGUUCUGGGUACAGUCACUUCCCCAAACGUAAGAGGGAGUCCGUCGCCCGCAUGAGCAUCCGUGCUGCAAAUAACCUGCUCAGGGGCCGAAGCGGUUUAGCGGGUUCCCUGACAGGUCCCAGCUUUCCCAGGAGGAGCUUUGUCAGGCCCAGCUGGCAGGAUGAUGACACUGUGGACUCGGCAGACAUGUCUGAGUCACUCUUUUUUAGCAAGGUCGAUGUCCACGAUGAGUUGUACUCUAUGGCUGAUGACGUAUUUGAGUCACCACCAAUCUCUGCUGCGUUUGCCCCAAGUGAGCAACCAGACCAGAAAUUCUCAGGCCUCAUGCCUAUAUCCUCCAAGGAUGCAUCUCGAACACCCUGCACACCAACAGCAGUACAAGAGAAAAGUCAUCCUCGGCGUGGGCGUCGCAUCGCUUCCCGAGUGAAGCACUUUGCUUUUGACAACAAAAAGCGUCGCUAUGGAAUGGGCGUUGUGGGCAAGUGGCUGAACCGGCACUACCGACAUAGCCUCAGCAGCACCAUCCAGAAGCAGUUGGAUGACUUCCACAGCCACAGGCCUUACUUUACCUACUGGAUCACUUUUGUCCAUGUUGUAAUCACGUUGCUGUCGUGCUGUACUUACGGUUUUGCACCUGUAGGGUUUGCACAACAUUCUAAAACUGACCUUGUGCUGAAGAACAAAGGCAUCUAUGAGAGUGUUAAGUACAUCCAACAGCAGAACUUUUGGAUUGGUCCAAGAUCUGACGACCUGAUUCAUUUGGGAGCCAAGUUCGCUCCAUGCAUCCGUCAGGACAAACAGAUAGUCCAUCUGAUUCAGAAGGCCAAAGAUCUGGAGAAAGAGUCAGGGUGUUGUGUUCAGAAUGACAAUUCCGGAUGUGUGCAGACUCUCAACUCUGACUGUUCCGAGACACUAGCGACUUUCAUCAAAUGGAACAAUGAGUUUGUGGACAUCAACAGGUCCUCUGGCUCUGUCUGUCAUCAGGAUCCCAGAAUAUGUGAAGAGCCUGCAUCUGCAGAGCCUCACACGUGGCCAGAUGACAUCACCCAGUGGCCGGUGUGUACAUAUCCCAAAAGGUGGAACCAUACAGGCUACAGACAUGUGGACUGUAACAUCAAGGGGCGACCUUGCUGCAUUGGCACUAAGGGCAGGUGUGAGAUCACAACCAGGGAGUAUUGCUCUUUCAUGCAUGGGUACUUCCAUGAAGAUGCCACACUAUGCUCACAGGUCCAUUGUCUGGAUGAUGUUUGUGGCUUGCUGCCCUUCCUAAACCCUGAUGUGCCUGAUCAAUUCUACCGUUUCUGGCUGUCCCUUUUCCUGCACGCUGGGUUGCUACACUGUGUGGUAUCAGUAGUGUUUCAGAUGACCAUAUUGAGAGACCUGGAGAAGCUGGCUGGUUGGGUGCGCAUCUCCAUCAUUUACAUCUUUAGCGGUAUAACUGGAAACCUUGCCUCUGCCCUCUUCCUUCCCUACAGAGCUGAGGUCUGGUGCCCCUCAUCUUCCUCUUGAUAAUACCUCAUAGAUCCCCAAUGGGGUUUUGAUCCGGCGAGUUGGCCGGCCAGUCAAGCACUGUGAUGGCAUGGGCAUCAAACCAGGUUUUGGUGCUUCUGGCUGUAUGGGCAAGGGCCAGGUCCUGCUGGAAGAUGAAAUCUGCAUCUCCAUACAGAUCCUCAGCAGAAGGAAUCCUGAAGUCCUCUAAAACAUUCUGGUAGACUGUUGCGGUGACCUUGGAGUUUACCAACACCUGCGCUGGACAUUGCACCCCAAAUCAAGACUGACUGUGGAUAUUUCACACUGGACCGCAAGCAGCUUGGGUUCUGUUCUUCACCCGUCUUCCUCCAAACCCUUGGACUUUGAAAGGCACACUUUACUUUCACCGGAAAAGAGGACCUUGGACCACUGGCCAACAGUCCAGUCCUUCUUCUCCUUGGCCCAGUUGAGACGCUUCCUACAUUGGCUCAGGCUCAGAAGUUGGGUCGAGCCAAAAACCACCACUAACCCGAUAGUGGUGGUUUUUGAAGCUGUGACUCCCGCCUCAUUCGAUUCUUUCUGGAUCUCUGCUAGAUUCUUGAAUCUUUUCUGUUUGAUAAUCCGCUGAAGCUCACAGUCAUUUCUUUUGCUGGUGCAUCUUCUCCUGCCACAUUUUGUCCUUCCACUCAACUUUGCACUGAUAUGCUUGGACACAGCACUCUGUGAACAGCCAGCCUCCUUAGCUAUGAACUUUUUUGGCUUACCCAUCCUAUGGCAGGUAUCAAUGAUGGUCUUCUGGCCAGUUUUCAAGUGUGCAGUCUUCCCCAUAUUGAACCCAACUGAGAAAAUUUAACCAAACUGUCGCAAUUUAAUGACACUUGGGCAAACCCGUGCAGGUGCUUUGAGUUUAGGAGGUGAUUAGUGUGGGACACUCAGUUUAAAACAUUUAUGGCCUGCAAAAUUUGGGCUGCCCAAAUUAUUUAAAAAUCAACAUAUAAAUACUUGAAAUUGUUUAAAUUGUGGGCCCUGAAUUUAUAAUCUAUGAAAGUUUAACUUUUGGAAUGGAAUUAUAGAAAUAAAUGUUUUCCAUGAUAUUCCAUUUUUUGGGAAAGGGUCUGUGAAGCAGUCUCUCUAUAUGCUGAGGUAUGCAUGCUGUUUGUUUGUCUAGUACUGCAGUACUAGAGUGUGUCCAAUCGUGUGUUCUGUGCUUCCUUAUAAAAUAAAAACAAAAAUCCAAAUAGGUUACCAAAUAAGGCAAAACUAGUCCAUAAUUAUAGCAUGGAGAUGUGUCAUGUCACAAAAGUGUUUUGGAUGUUCUGGCACUGACUGGUUGAACCAUGGUCUCAUAUCCACUGUUGUUGUCUGUUGUUUUUCCUGGUGUUGUCACUCACUGGUUUAAUGCGGCGUAGUUACUGGAGAAGGUUUCCCCUUCUAAGGAUUAUCAAAGCAGACUUGUCCUUCCAUCUACACAUCACAAAUCAUGAUGUACCAAUUGCUCAAAGGAACCUUCAGCUCGUAAUAUUCACACGAUAAGAUCCUGACGUGUCCAACCUUGUCACUUUCCAUUGAUAACGAAAGAAUUAUUGAAGAAUUUUAACCAUAUCAGAAAUUAUACCUGCACCUAGAAAUGUAUAACAUCAUGCACAUUUAAUCCAUUUAUUGAAUGCGCCAAUGGAAAAUUGACAGACAGAUUAUGUGUCUGUCACGUUCCCUACGUAGAGAAAUGAUACAUUCGAUAAUUGCUGCAACAUGUUGAUCUGAAGACUGAGUGUUGAAAACAAGUUUACCUACUUUUUAUUGUUAAGCCUGUUUUCCCCUGUGUAUUUGUGUGUCUGUCUGUGUCUGUAAAAGGCCACUUUCUCCUAUUUUGGGAUUAGUCUAAUGCCUUUGUGUGGCCAAACAGAGGCCAUUGCUAAAUGGGAUUGUGCACUGUUUUAUUCCGAGACAGUUGUUGUGUAGCUGAGACUUGUCUGGUACUCAGUCUUGUACUCACACCUUCUUGUACAUUAAAGGUUCAUCCUGGUACACUUAGAAUUUUUUGGAAGACAAAAUAGUGGAUGAGACCCAUUUACACAAUACACACAUGAUAUAUCAAUAAAUAUUGACUGAAUACGGAUUGAACUAUUUCCCACAGGAGUUUAGUAGGACUUCAUAUGAAAAGUGAUGCACUAAUUGAAUAAAAACUGUGGUGACAAGGGUAGGAAAAAAUCCUCAGUUUCUAAAAACUUUCAAUGGGAGGUUUAGCUGUGGAAUUUAGGAAAUAUCCCACGUUAGAAACUUUCCAUGAGAAGUAAUUAGAACCAGAACAGGCAUGAAUCACCUGUAAUGUAUUUUUGCAUAUCGUUUUGAAGCCAGUUUUUUGUUUUCCUCGUCGGCUUGUUGCAAUGUGAGGUGGCUUUGAGUGUGGCGCGCCUUGACAUGAGUCAGAAUUCCUACUGUUCAACUCCUCCAAACUAACCAGCUCACAGGUCUUCACACACCAGAAAUACUCACAGCAAGCAUAACACAUGACAGUAAAGCCACUUAAGGAGCUGAUUUAGGUGGAUUACCCCGUAACUGUGCGGUUAAGAAGACCCUGUGGUUCCAGCAGAAAUUGCUUGAAUAACAACUUUGUUGGAUACCAAUAAUAUUCACACAGCAGAUUUUUCGGAAGAUUACAUUGACCUCAGGUAGAGGAAGCGAGUGUGCGGCCAAGCUUACCACACCACAAGAUUUUUAAGCAGAACCCAAUAAGAAAAAAUGACAUUCGUAAUAACAUCUCUUCUAACUGUUUAAUCUGAGCCAAUGACAAGUGAUUGUGGUGUGCGUUUGGAACAUGUCGGCCUUGCCGUCUGGGCCGUGUGGGUGACAUGCUGUGCAACGUUCUUUUCUGUUGGUAGAAGUUGGUUGUCUUCGCAGAUUAGCCAUCUGCCAUUUUACAACCAGGCAAGACUCCAGAAUCAGCCCUGACGUCAUUUACACUAAUCCUCUCACCUUUACGAGAAUGUUCUCCCCCAACAGAACCAAAACCCCAGAUAGUCUGUGUGGGUCAACCCGUGCACAUGAAGUGACAUCAUUAAGAAGCUCUUCUCGAUGCUGCAUUUCUGCUUAAUAGCAGUAAAUAUUUAUGACGUUGUGAGCAUGGAGUUGUUUAUCAGGUUCUAAUC